GGAUAAUCUGGUGGUUAAGUUCGUAACGUAUAUUAGUCAGCGGCAAGUUUUCAAUCGACAUACGAGUAGUCUAGUCGCGGUAUCUCGGAUGUGGUCGCGUAAGUUCGUCCUGCUUCGACGACUUUCCGUGGAUUUUUGGACAUUUAAUUUUGUAAUUUUGCUGUAUAGAGUAUACGUGGAAGGAGAAAGAUAGUUUGAUCUGCGACUUCGAUUGGCGAUUGUUACCCAAUUGACAGCUCGCUCGUCUUAUGAAAGACCAUCGGUACGAGUGGUUCAUUCGAAUUACAUUUUCGGUCGUUAACUGUUCCUCGGAAUACCAAUUGAAAAGCACCACCGUGUCCGGACAAAAUGGUCGAAACGCUGAGAAUCUUAGGACUGCUGCUGCACAAAAACUGGCUGGUGCGUAAAAGGCAAUGGCUGAUGAGCUUGAUAGCCGAAAUCAUGCUGCCCGUCGGUAUAAUCGCGUGCGCGUGGGCUCUGAGGGGUUUGUCGGCGAGACCCCCGACGCGCAUCAGCACCGAGUCGCGCUACAGAAUGCAACCUCUGAGCGAGCUGAUCGACCAGCUGUCCAACGUUAACAUCUUCUACGCACCGAACAGCAGCUUCGUGAACGAUCUGAUGAAGAGUGUCGACAAGUGCUUCGAGCAGAAAUCCAACGUUCGGGGAUUCAGAACCGAGGAGGAGUUGGUCGCCCAUUACUACAAGCACGUGCAGUACACGAGCGGCAUGGCCGUGAUAUUCGACGACGAGCUCGGCGAGUCGACGAGAAAACUGCGCUACAAGCUGCGCGGGAAUUACAUGGGCGCGAGCGCUCUGUACAACGUAGCGCCACCCGUGCAGAACAUGACUCGCUACUACACCAGGAGUCACGCCUUCACCCAGGUGCAGACUUGCGUGGACGAGUCCUUCGUGAGGACCAAGUCUGGCGUCGGCACCCUUCUUCCCCGACAGAUGUCCAUACAGAGAGUACCGUACCCGCCGCACACCGUGUACGACGCCGGGGACGCGUUGUUCCGGGAAGUGAUGUACAAGCUGCUGGUGACCGCCUUCUUCCUCCCGCAGUUCGUCGAGAUUUCCAAGGCCACGGCUGAGAAGUUCCUCGGUACCGGCGUACUCAUGAGCAUGAACGGCAUAUCCAACGCUCUCAAUCUGUUCAGUUGGCUGAUCAGCGGACUGCUGUUCCUCAGCGUGUUCUGCGUGCUCCCGAUUUUCGCGUUCUUCGUGAUGCCGCUCGGAGACGGCCUUGCGUUCGUAAACUACGGGAACCCGCUCGUAGUCUUUCUCAUCUUCACCGUGUACGUCGGACAGCUGCUUGCUUUCGGCGCGCACGUGGCGGCCUACUGCUCGCGAUCUCUGCUGGUCAUGUUCGUUCUCCUGAUAGCCAACAUCUUGACGAUGGUGCUGAAGGUCUACGCGUUCAAGGAGGACAGCUACUACUUGGUGCCGUACGUGGGGAUCCUGCUGCCGAACCUCUUGUUGCAUCAGGCAAUGGAAGAGGUCACUUAUUACGAGACGAUAGCCGAGGGCAUUCAAUGGCACAACGUGUUUUUGACGGGCAACGCGGCUUACAAAAUUGGAGGCAGCGUAGGCAUGAUUCUGAUAUUGGGGCUGAUAGGAAUGAUCUUGCACUACGCGUUGGCGAUUUACGUAAACGAGAUCAAUCCGGGAAAGUACGGCGUUCGCAAGAGCCCGCUAUAUUUCUUGAGGACGAGAGAAAGGUGGGACGGCGAAAAACUUGAAGAUUUGAGUUACGAUGGCAUGCACGGAAAGCCCUUCGAGCCCACGCCCGCUGGGAUUUACACGCCAGGAAUUCAGCUUCGGAAUUUAAGAAAGGCCUACAACAUCGGCUUACUUAAUAGAGAGAAAGUUGAGGCGCUAAAGGGAAUCUCGGUUGACUUUUACAAAGGACAAAUAACGUCCUUGUUGGGGCACAACGGAGCUGGUAAAACUACCAUGAUGUCGAUACUGACAGGCAUGAUGAGUCCGAGCGGCGGUACAGUACUGAUCGCUUCGAAAGAUAUGUCGAAGCACUCGAAGGAAAUCAUGAACGACAUGGGUCUGUGCACCCAAGAGAACAUGCUCUUCCCGAGCCUCUCCGUCAUCGAGCAGAUUGAAUUUUUCGCGGAGCUGAAGAGGAAAGACAAGGCCCGGUCCGUCGUGCAGGAAGAGGCCAAAGCCUUCCUCCGGAAGCUCAAGCUCUACGAGAAGAGACACGCUUUGCCGAAGCAGUUGUCGGGCGGGCAGAAACGUCGGCUCUGCCUCGGCAUGGCGCUCGUCGGCGAUUCCAGCACGUUGAUAUUGGACGAGCCGACGUCCGGCCUGGACCCCGAGAGCCGACGCGUUAUUUGGGACAUCCUGCUGAAAAUGAGAGGCGAAAAAACCAUCGUGAUAAGUACCCACGACAUGGAGGAGGCUGACAUUCUCGGCGACAGAAUUGCUAUACUGCAUUCUGGUCAAUUGAGGAGCUACGGAACGUCGUUAUUCUUGAAGAAGCUCAUAGGUCAAGGCAACGUGGAAGUGACUCUGUCGGUGGAAGCCGACUGUGAUCCUCGGAAAAUCUGUGCUGCCUUCGCUUGCGACGGCGUCCUCGUCAACCAAGACGCUAGCAAAGUAGUCUUGAGCAUCCCGUAUUCUCCAGAACUGCCGGACCAGUUGGACAUUCUGGAAAGCAAGAAGAAAGAGCUGAGAGUGUCUGGUUUUAGCGUCUCACUUAUAAGUUUGGAACAAGUAUUUUUGAAAGUUACGCAAGAAAAUGCUGGUCCUGUGAAGGCGCAUAGACCCCUCACCAACGAUCGUGAAAAGCUGACGAAUCACGCCUUAUUUUUCCAAUACUUACGAGCGCUAUUGCUUAAGAAAAUGACUUAUACCGGAAAGAACAUGUCGAUUAUUCUCUUGAAACUAUUUACGGUCUCCAUGGCUCUACUAACAAUUUCUUUGAUUUUGAAACAAGUCAGCGUCUCGACGCAAAUGAACCCGAAAAUUACGCCGAUAAGUCUCGACAUGUACAACAAACCGGAAACUUAUUACUUGAGUUACGACCAAACCACCGGUGAUCGAUACAGAAACGUCACUGAAAGUCUCGGAGGUGACGCGAUGGAAGCUACGAAAUCUAGCUUAACAUCUGCUAUGCUCAAGUACGCCGAAAAGAACCUCCCCCAUUACGAGAACUACUUGAUUGCCGCAGCGGAGUUCAAUGAAACUGGCUCGGCCAAUGCGUUCUACUCGGACAAGGCGACCUUCAGUUUACCGAUAUCGGUGAACCUGAUCUGGAACACCAUCCUAAAGAAACUCUUGGGCGACGACUAUUCCAUCAGUCUGUCCAGCCAGGAACUACCGAGCAUGAUUUACUUGGACGUGACGAUGAUAAACGGGAUCAUGACCAGCGUGGUGUUCGUCUUUCAAUUCUGCUCGGUCCUCGCUCUGUUCGUCGUUCACCCUUUGCGCGAGUCGUCCAAGGGUGUCAAACAAUUGCAGAGGAUGACCGGCGUCUCUGGCUUAGCAUACUGGACGACAAUGUUCCUCUUCGACUUUCUGACUUAUCUGCUUAUCGUGUUUCUGAUCAUCGCUGGUUUCCUAACAAUGGACUACUUUUUGGAGCUUCGAGUUUAUGGAUUUUACGAAAUAUCAUUACUGAUAUUUCUAUUUGCGAUAUUCGCGGUGAACGCGUUGCCGUUCGUUUACAUAUUUAGCUUCAUCAAUGCCAAGAUAGGCACGGUUGUCCGACUGUUGACGUAUAUACCCUUGGGCAUAGUCACCGUGGAGCUCGUCAUGUACGCUAUGAAAGCUUCGCUGAGUCGAUACAAAUCCGUGGAAAUAAUACGCUACGUGCAGAAAGGCGUGUUCCUCUGCGUGCCUUACGUCAGUUUUUUCCAUACUCAGAUGUCGUUCUAUCUCACCGCGAUGGUAAACGCCAGAUGCGCGAAAAUGCCCAACGAGUUUUACGACUCGCAGUGUGAACAGUCCUACGAUGUUUGCUGCAAUAUGGUGUGCUACAACGGUACCUGCGGUAAUUACAAGUCCUAUUUCACCAACUUCGAAGAGGACAUCACCUUGGAGGAGAGUGUGAUCUACCUUUGCUUAACUCCAGUACUUUACUUUGGUAUUCUCGCGUUGUUGGAGACCCAAUACAUUGAGAACGUUGCAAUUAGAUUUAGGCGUGAAAUGGCGCAAGAGGUCGGUGCCGACGAACAGGUGCAACGGGAAAAGUCCGCGAUUUCACGAAAAAUCGAAGAACUGAAAGGCACUUGGAACAUCGAUGGAUUGCAUUGUCCGAACAUCAACGACAGCGGCAAAGAUUCGCAGAGGAACGGCGUGCAAAACCACGAUGCGAUUUUCUUGGUGCACGGUUUGCGGAAGCGCUACAACAGGCUAAUCGCGGUCAGAGACGUUAGUUUCCGGGUCAAUCGCCACGAAUGCUUCGGGCUUCUCGGCGUCAACGGAGCUGGCAAAAGCACAACUUUUAAGAUGAUGACUGGCGGAGAGGUGGCUGACAAUGGAGCGAUGUACAUCAAUGGGGUGGAUAUUAAAAGCAAUCGACGUUACUUUUUAUCGCAGAUGGGUUAUUGUCCACAACAAGAUGCCAUUAUCAAGUCCCUGAAUUCGUACGACCACUUACGGCUGUUCGCUCUACUUCGAGGCAUUCCCAAGAGCAAAAUCGAAGACGAAGUCCAGGCCUGGAUCGAAAGACUAAACUUGAGUGCCUGCGCACUGCAGCCAAGUGGUACUUACAGCGGGGGCAAUAAGCGGCGACUGAACAUAGCCAUUGCCUUGAUCGGCAACCCGAAUCUGGUCCUAAUGGACGAGCCGACGACGGGCGUCGAUCCAGGAGCAAGGCGAUCGCUCUGGAACGUCAUCAAAGCUUGCCAGACGGCUGGACAAGCCGUCGUACUGACUUCGCACAGCAUGGAGGAGUGCGAAGCGCUGUGCAAUAGACUAGCCAUCAUGGUAGGCGGCAGACUCGUGUGCACGGGUCCGUCCGAAGAAUUGAAGCAGCGCUUCGGAGCCGGCUACGAUAUUCAGAUCAGGAUGGAUCCCGGGAAAAUGAACGGCCAAUUGAAAGGCAUCAAAAGCGACGUGAAACGGAUGCUGGACGUCGAGCUGACCGACGAGAAUUUGGGCUACCUCAUGUAUCAUGUAGCACCCAAGAACACCACUUGGCGAAAAAUGUACGACGUGAUGAACGAAAUGAAAAGCAAAUACGACUGUAUUGACGACUUCUCGGUGCUGUCGUCGUCGUUAGAGCAAUUGUUUUUGCUGUUCGCCAGAGCAGCGAAUAGAUCUACCUCGUGGUCAUCGGAAGAUUCUGUUGUUAUUUAAAAAAUGUUGUAUAUUUUUUAAAUUUAUGUUUUCACAAAUUACAAUGUACAUAUACAUACUAUGGAAUAUUAUAAAAGAUUUACUUUUAAGGAACGGUGCACGUUACCUAUUAAUUGAUAUAGUGAGAACAAAAUUGUAAUUUAUUGAUUAUUUAGAAUAAAUUAAUUAUCGU